GACUUUCGCCACUGGGCGCCUCCCCCCAGUGCUCCUCCUGCUCCGCAGCGGCGGGUUGUGACUUCGCGGCGGAGGAGCUGCGGGAUGCUGCCGAACACACCCCGCUCGUCUCCUCACGUCAACCAGCAGGAUGAAGAACACGGACACCUGCGCCAGAUGUGAGGCGUAGUGCCGGUGGCCUGCAUCUGCUUGAGGGGAACGUGCUGCUGCGUUGAGGUUAAUAAGCUCCGCAAAAUAACUACGGAUUAAAAUGACGUUCAUGUCCCCGUGACGUCAGCAGGAUUUAACGCCUGUUCGCCGUGGUACUUAGCCGACAGUUGUUAUCUAGCGUCUGUAGUUAGCGUGCUGCAAUGUGACCGUUUCUCAUCGGUGACGUCGGUGCGGAGGUGUUUUAAACACGGUGUCGAGAUUAAAGGUCCGAGCAUCCUCUUCUCGUGGUGCGUUCAAAGGUUUCCGUGAUGGCAGCAUCUAGGAUGUCUGUGCCGCUGGCUGUGGUGGUGGUCCUCUCGGUGCUGCACACGGGAGCAGCACACGCCGGGCCCGAGAUGGACCCGUACAAGAUCUUGGGAGUGACCAGGAGCGCCAGCCAGGCCGAGAUCAAGAAGGUCUACAAGCGCCUCGCAAAAGAAUGGCAUCCGGACAAAAACAAAAAUCCAGGUGCCGAGGAUAUGUUCAUCAAGAUUACAAAAUCUUAUGAGAUCCUGUCCAGUGAGGACAAGCGGGCCAAUUACGACCGCUACGGGCAGACUGACAACACCCAGCCGUACGGCGGCGCCCGCUACGGUCAACCCCACGACAGCUUCUACUUUGACGAGUCCUUCUACAACUUCCCCUUCAACACCAAGAACCCAAGGGACUUUGCAGACAACAAGUACACGCUGCACUUCAACCAGUACGUCAACGACGUGGUGCCCGACAGCUACAAGAGGCCGUACCUGAUAAAGAUCACCUCCGACUGGUGCUUCAGCUGCAUCCACAUCGAGCCCGUGUGGAAAGAGGUGGUGCAGGAGCUGGAGACUCUAGGUGUCGGGAUCGGCGUGGUGGAUGUUGGCUAUGAGAGGCGGUUAGCCAAUCACCUUGGAGCCCAUCGCACGCCAUCGAUACUUGGAGUCAUCAACGGCAAAGUGACGUUCUUCCACUACGCCGUAGCGAAGGAGCACCUCAGGCAGUUUGUGGAGGACCUUCUUCCUCAGAGACUUGUGGAAUGGGUCACAGACAAGAACAACCUGCAGUUCCUGAGCAGCUGGCACGAGCUCAACAAGCCGCAUGUGCUUCUGUUCGACCAAGUGCCCGUCGUUCCUCUGCUUUACAAACUGACAGCGUUCGCUUAUAAGGACUACUUGCAGUUCGGCUAUGUGGACCAGGGCCUUUCAGAGACGGCUGAUCUGCAGAAACAGUUCAACAUUAACACUUACGCUCCGACCAUGUUGGUCUUCAAGGAGAGCAUCGACAAGCCUGCUGACAUCAUUCAGGCUAAAGGAAUGAAAAAGCAAAUCAUUGACGAGUUCAUGGCGAACAACCGAUUCCUCCUCGUGCCACGGCUGGUCAACCAGAAGCUCUUUGAUGAGCUCUGUCCCGUCAAGCAGUUCCACAGACGCAGAAAAUACUGUGUCCUGCUGAUCACAGGUGACGAAGAGACCUUUUCUUUUGGGAAUCAUGCGUUUCUCUCGUUUGCCUCGACCAAUACCAAGGAAGUUGUGAGAUUUGCUUAUGUGUACCAACGGCAACAGCAACCUCUUUGUGACAUCUUCACACAGAACAAGGACAGGGAAGAGUCGUCAGCACAGGUGGUGAUCCUGGAGAGGCGUAACGCUGCAGGGAAGGCCUUGUUCAAGCCGGUGACCGCCUGGAACGGCACCGAGGAAGACAAGCAGCGUCUUCUGGAGGAGCUGGAGCGACUUCAGAAGGACCCGUCCAUCCUCGUCCACGACGCCGUGCUGCCCGAGCUCAACAACGAGUUUGCCUCUAUGUUCGUAAUCCGAUGGAUCUAUGCAUCGUACGACUACCUCUCUGAAGUCAUUGAUGAUAUUCUACACAACAACUGGCGUGACAUGAUGCCUCUUCUGUCCCUCAUCUUCUCUGCCUUGUUCAUCUUGUUUGGGACUGUGGUCAUCCAGGCCUUCAGUGACUCAAGUGAAGAUAAGCAGACUAAACCGAAGGCAAAGGAUGGAACAAAAGAUGAAAAUGGGUCACCAGGGACCGGUGGUGCUUCGAGUCGGCCUCCCAAAAAGAACUUUGUGGAGGUGACGGAGCUGACGAAUAUCACUUACAUAAGCAACCUGGUGAAGCUGCGGCCGGGACACAUGAACAUAGUGCUGGUGCUCACUGACGCCUCCAAGAACAUCCUCCUCAGCAAGUUCGCCAAAGAGGUCUACAACUUCACGGGGAGUCUGACACUGCAUUUCUCCUUCCUGAAUAUUGACAAGCACGGUGAGUGGAUGAACACGCUGCUGGAAUACGCCCAGGACGCCAUGCAGAUCGACGCGGCUGAGGACGACGGGGGAAGCCACAAGAUGGACUACACCGGCUACGUGCUGGCACUCAACGGCCACAAGAAGUACCUCUGUUUGUUUCGGCCCGUCUACACUGGGGAAGACCCCGAUGGCAAGUCCUCCGAGGACGAAGGGGGCAGCGCCGGGGAAAGGUCCAGGUCCGGCUCCCGCGACGACCACCCGACACGCAGAUCCAAACGAUCCCGCAGCUUGUCCACCCUGCAGAUCCACCACAAACUGGACCGCCUGGGGUUGUGGAUGGAGAGGCUCAUGGAGGGCACCCUGCCCCGCUACUACAUCCCCACGUGGCCAGGACUGGACAAAAUAACCCCCAGUAAAUAGAUGGAGUCGGAUCCUGCCCAGGUUUUCCAUUUGAUAAAUUGGAUAGCUACAGAUGUCUUUAAAGUUGGGACAACAUUCCAAAUUAGUGCAACUACUAUGGGACAGGUCCUUUAGCCAACCCCUGAGACACGCAUCGCAUGCUACUUUCAACUGUUGCUAGUCAUACUUCAUUCAGGCAAAUGCUGCUGCUACGGCAUUGUGAAGAGAAAAACUAAAACACUGUGGCCACCUGAACUCUCCUGCCUUCAUGACCAUUAGAGACACACACGCACACACACACACACUACUGUGACUAGAGAUGCAUGUCUUCAACACCAAACGUUUUGCCUUUUCAUGAAUCUCAGCCCAAUUUCUCCUUCUCUUCAGUUACAGAGGUGGCUGACGUGCACACUUGUGCGUUACGGCGUCGCCAGCGCUGUGAUGCCGAAGACCUCGGCCCAUUUAACAACCUCAGUUAGCCGGUAGCUUUAUGUAGCAAACAUUACGAUCGGUCCAUUUCAUUUUCUGAAUGCUUCCCAAAUGGCCACGAUCGACUGACGCACCACCAUGAUGUCAUCGUGAAUUACGUGGACAUGAAAGUGAAGUCAAAGUUAUUGUGCGCUUGCUUGGGUUAUUAAUUCCUUUUAAGCAACACAAAGUGUAAAAAAAACGUCCUUCAUAUAAUUGUUGGUGCAAUGUGAUGUAAAUAUUGUACAUAUUCAUGUCAUCUAUAGGACCUGUAUUUUAAAAGGAGUAUGUAACUUAAAAGAUAAGGUGAAUGUUUACAUGGAUUUAUCGAAAAUGCUGUAGUUAUGUUUUCACUAAGAUUUUCUCAAGAUAGUGUAUUUCAAAAAAAAAAAAGUGUCUGUUUGUCAGAUGUUUCAGUUGGUCUUCAGUGGUGCAUUUAUCCUCCUGUUGGUUGUAAUAAAAUGCUUUAUGUUUGUUAAGUUAUGUUUAUAGAAUGGACCUUUCUUACCAGCUGAUGUCAUUUGACCAGAAAUAACAUGUGCAAAGUACCUGUGGAGACACCUCCACUAAGUACAUUUAACAAGGUUUAUAUCACGGCACCACUGCAUAAGCUCGGUUCCCUAAAUCAACAAAAAAUAACAAAGUAUUAUUAUUAUUAUUAUUUAUUAUAGAAAAGCAGAGUGUAAAUAAAAGCAAAUAAUGAA